AUGUCUGCUACUCCUGUUACACAACCUGAACAUUUGAAGAAGAAGCCAGUGUCCUUCUCUAACAUCCUGCUAGGUGCAGGUCUAAACAUGUGUGAGGUGACUACUUUAGGUCAACCUCUGGAAGUCAUCAAGACCACUAUGGCUGCUCAUAGACAAUUGAAUUUCCUAAGUGCUAUGAAACACGUAUGGUCCCGUGGUGGUGUCUUUGGUUUCUACCAAGGUUUGAUUCCAUGGGCAUGGAUCGAAGCCUCCACUAAAGGUGCUGUGCUUUUGUUCGUCGCUGCUGAAGCAGAAUAUAAAUUCAAAUCCCUAGGGUUUGGUAAUUUCAGUUCAGGUAUCCUUGGUGGUGUCUCUGGUGGUGUUGCACAAUCGUAUUUGACAAUGGGGUUCUGUACUUGUAUGAAGACAGUAGAGAUCACUAGAAAGAAGACCGCAGGUGCGGCAGCUCAAUCCUCUUGGGGUGUCUUUAAGACUAUCUACGCUAAAGAAGGUCUAAAAGGUAUAUAUAAGGGUGUUAAUGCCGUGGCUAUAAGACAGAUGACUAACUGGGGUUCCCGUUUUGGUUUAAGUAGAUUGGUGGAAGAUAUUAUUAGAAAGACUACAGGUAAAACUAAUCCAGAAGAUAAAUUGACUGCUCUAGAGAAGAUCUCUGCCUCAGCUAUUGGUGGUGGUUUAAGUGCUUGGAAUCAACCUAUUGAAGUCAUUAGAGUCGAAAUGCAAUCUAAGACUGCUGAUCCAAACAGACCAAAAAACUUGACUGUAGCAAAGACUUUCAAAUACAUUUACCAAUCUAAUGGUAUUAAGGGUCUAUACCGUGGUAUCACCCCAAGAGUUGGUCUAGGUGUCUGGCAAACAGUCUUCAUGGUCGGUUUCGGUGAUAUGGCUAGAGAAUUUGUCGGUAAGCUAACUGGUGAAACUCCAGUUGCUAAACAUUGA